UGGAACUCGCCGGGUCCUGCUGUCAUUGACCAGGACACCUCACUCCCCAAAAUUGGCUUGAAGCUCAAAGAGAAACAAGGGAAGUUUGGGACUUCUGAUCAACUCCACUGUGGGAAGAGUCUCGGGGGAGACCUAGGGCAGAGACACAGCCAGUUCUUUUGGGGUCUCCCCUCUCUGCACAGCGAGUCCAUUGUGGCCACACUCCUGGUCCCUCUGAGCAGAUACUCUCUAGAGCCUCAGCUUGUGUUAUUCAAUGGGGUCUGUAAAGCUGCUACAGCCCUAGAACUGGACGCCGGGUCCCCAGGCCUUCCCCAGCCCCAGCCCUUGCCCCUCAGUUCCGUGCAUCCUCAGCCUUUUCCCAACGCUAAGCCCCAGCCACAGACUCUCGCUUUCACUCAGGUUCACCCUCAGGCCCGCAUGCAGUCUCCGUUCUCUCCCAUGGCAACGCCGUCUCUACCCUGUGGAAGUGCUCUCCAAAUACCACCGAACAGGACACUCUCUGAUGCCUUGCAUGGAAAUGAACACCUGCAACACCACUUGUUGCAGAAUCAUCAGGAGAGUUUGUGGGGUUUGGUCCCUGAAUGCCAACAGUAUGAAACUGCCUUCCAUCUAGUUCCCAGCUUGCCACCGCUCGGACAGCCAGCACAGACCUAUGCCUCCGUCCCCAGGACUGGCCAUUUUCAUUACAGCAGUGGACUUCAGGACAACCUCGAGCCCUAUGGACCAAACAACUUAAUCCCAGCCUGGGGCUUCCAGCCUUACCAAAGGACAAGAGGAUCAGAAGUGAUGGACCUUCAGUUCAAACCAACAGAGACCUCUUUCCAAAGCCUCAAAUAUGCUAAGCCUUUCUGCUCUGUACACUGGGGCCACAGCACUGGGGAACUGAGCCACUCAGAAAGCUUCUGUGAGAGGGUCUCAGUGAAGCCUCCACUAAGAAAGGAUGCAGCCAAGAAUGUUGGACAAAUCCUAGGGAAAUGUCGUCCACUAGACAGCACACACAUGAUCUCAGGAUGUUAUGCACUGAACAGACUGAGGGCUGUGCCUGAGACAGAAGGAAAAUGGGUGUGUCACUCGAGGAUCAGUUUGGAAAAUGGAUACCUGAACGUCUCAAGGAAGAGCUUGGACCAAAGGCAGGCGAGAAGCAUCCUCAGGUUACACGUGAGCAGGAAGUUCUGGCAGAUCACCAUGGGGCGGAUCCCAAUCAACGUAUGUUGCUCAUGGCUUGCUCAGGACGUGCCGCCUCUCUGGAGCUCACCCCUGGGAAAUAUUUACUGCAAUACUUCUACUCCCAAAAUACCUUUUCUUGAUCACAAGACCCGGAAGAUGCUGGAAGCCCAUCUCAUAAGGUUCCGAGUUAGUCAGAAGUGGGGCCUCCCCCUCAAGGUUAUUGAAUCCAUAAAAUUCUAUAUUUUGAGAGAAGCCAAAAUGUGGCCACUUCCUCAGUCUUAUUUCCCCUCAUCUUCAAACAGUAUUUCUGGGGUAGAUUUGAAGAGUAACUUCCCCAGUGCCCUCAGAGGAAGCGCCAACAAGCUGGGAACAGCAAACUUGGCCUCCAUCACAGACCACCUUCCUCUCACGGUCCCACAUGUAGACAGGGAAGGAGAGAGGUCCCUGAGACAAUCUCACCUUAGCUCUGGCUAUGAGGUUACCGAGCAGGUCCAGACAAUGAAGGCUGACAGACCCACCAACCUGGACACGCUGAGUCAGAAUGACACUGCUCCACAGAACAGGCCCAGACAGGAGCAGCCCGCAAAGGAAAAAAUGGCUGGACCUGAGUCAGACAGUGAGAUGGCAAGUACUUCUUCUCAUGCAGAGACCACAGAAGACAGACAGAGGGCGGGGAAGAGUCCAAAACACGUGUUGACGCCCAGCAUGCUCAGAGAAAUCCUUACAGACGAGGAGGUAAGCAUUCUUCUAUCCAGAUCCAGUUCUAGCAGCAAGUGGGGAAGUGCCUCAAAGGGAAACGAAGGCAGGACUAAGCCAGACUCUCUGGUGGGCACAGAAUACAACCCAUCCGGAAUGUCAGUUCCUGAAAACCCAGCACUGUCAGACUUUAAGAAACAGUUGUUUAUGGAGCUGAAGUCCAAGGUGGCCAGUCAGGCCCAGAGCCAGACUGGAGGCUAUGAAAGCGAGGCAUCCUUUGCCUCAGACAGCUUGACUGGUUACUUCCCGUCUUCUUCCACCAGCGUUUCUAGUGUGGACGUCUCGGUUUUCACGGACAUGCAUGCCCACUUGUAUAGCACAAGGAUCAGUGCGGAUCCAUGGCAGGAACCCAGGGUCUUCAAACAAAUCUUUAAGAAUCUCACACCUGACUUACCAGAGUGCAGAAAACCAAAUGGCAGAGGCGACACUCCAGGAUUAGAGACAUCUAAAGCAGGAAAGAAGAGCCAGCCUGUUAAAGCAGAACAAGGCAAGAAGCCACAGGCUUCUGAAAGUUACUUCAGAAAAAAGAUGGGACAGUUUUUUCACUGGCUUCAUUCCAGCAAAGACAGCACAAGACACAGAUCUGAGAAAGACAGGGCUCUCUUUAUGAGCUGCGGGCCUCCUGAAGCCCAUGAGCUCAUGGCGUCCCUGGGGAAACUCUUGGAGGAUAAGUUGUUGUAUGGGCGGAAAUCUGAGCUCUCGGAGUGGAACCAGAAGAACCUCCUGCCAGGGCCCAACCGCGGGGCUGCCUCCACCCAACACGGAGGAGGAACAAGCAAGUGCCCCUGUCCCCAGACAACCAUCUCCCCUGGCCCAAGUCCUACGCUGGGUUCCAUACGGAGACACCCGCACGUGUCCUUUGAGAAGCGGCCACAAUUCUGGAGUUACUUGUCCUCCUCUGACUCCAGGGAGUCCUAG